AAACCCUCAUAUAUGCUCCAUUUAAACCUAACCAAUAUAUGAAGUACAAAACUUUCUUACUUGAUCAACAUUCAAUAAAUUCUCUCAUAAUUUCUUUCUUUCUCUCUUUUAAGAGUUUAGGUUUUCUUCAAUGACAAAGGAAGCAAAAGGUGCAACCACCAAAAAAUGGAGACCUAUAACAACAAAUUGUUGCUCGGUCGAGGAUUCGGUAAUCCUAGGGAUAAACUUCGCCGGAAAAUCAAGAACUUCGUCGGAGCUCAUGUCGAAGAACAUUGCUCCGUUGCCGUCGUUCCGGCGGUUGGCGUAUUCGGGCCACCUUAGUAACCUAAGUAGCUGCUCGUCGCAGCGGAUCAAUGAGGACUUGGCCCAGUCGUUCGGGCCGGGCUUGGUUGAUUUUGAGUUGAGUGAGUUGAGGGCUAUAACACAGAAUUUUUGUAGGAGUUUUUUGCUUGGGGCAGGUGGGUUUGGGAAAGUGCAUAAAGGUUAUGUUGAUGAUAAUUUUAAGUGUGGGUUAAAAUCUCAAGCUGUUGCUGUUAAACAUUUGGAUAUUGAAGGGUUGCAAGGACAUAGAGAAUGGCUAUCAGAGGUGAUAUUCCUUGGGCAACUAAGGCAUGAAAACCUUGUAAAGUUGAUUGGAUAUUGCUGUGAAGAUGAAGAACGUCUCCUUGUCUAUGAAUUCAUGCCUAGAGGCAGCCUUGAAAACCAUAUCUUCAAGAGGCUUUCAUUAUCAAUGCCAUGGGGAACAAGGCUUAAGAUAUCAAUUGGUGCAGCCAAAGGCCUUGCUUUCUUGCAUGGAGCUGAAAUACCGGUCAUUUACCGCGAUUUUAAGACCUCUAAUAUCUUGCUUGACUCUGAUUUCACUGCUAAACUGUCUGAUUUUGGGCUUGCUAAGAUGGGCCCUGAAGGAUCCGAUACUCAUGUUACUACUCGGGUUAUGGGCACCUAUGGUUAUGCCGCUCCAGAGUAUGUUUCAACAGGACACUUGACAACAAAGAGCGAUGUCUAUAGUUUCGGGGUGGUAUUACUAGAACUACUUACCGGAAGGCGGUCAAUGGAAAAGUCAAGGCCAAAGGGAGAACAACACUUGGUGGAUUGGACAAUGCCAUACUUGUCUAGCAGCAGAAAACUAAGGUACAUUAUUGACCCAAGAUUAGGAGGGCAAUACUCAGUGAAAGGGGCUAAAGAAAUGGCCCAAUUGGCCCGACAAUGUGUGAGUCUAAACCCGAAAGACAGGCCCAAGAUGCCCGUGGUUGUACAAACACUCGAAGGGUUGCAAAUUUACAAGGAUAUGGCGGUUUCUUGUGGGUUAUGGCCACCACCUAAUGGUAAAUCAAGUAGGGCUAAUAAUAAUGGAGUUUGUAAUAAAGGUAGGGGGUAUUGUAGUAAACCUUCACUUGUUGCACCAAUGAGGAAAAAAUGAUUUGCUAAUUAAGUUGCUAAAAUGCAAUUAUGGAGUAUAUGAGUAGUAGAUUAUAGUGGGAUGAUAUUUAUGUUUGAAGGGGUGUACCAAAAGGCAUGUUAGUUAUGUCAUGAUGCCAUGUAAUGUACAUAUUUUGGGUGUGAUAAUAUUAAUAUUAGUGUGGAUGAAUAAUAUGUUA